CAUAAAGUCAACGGCCAUCCUCCUUUCUGCACAAAGCUUCGCCUUGAUAUUGAUCAAUUGCCUUUUUGUCGCAACAACAUAUGAUCUGAAGACUACUCGGAGCCUUCAGACCGGGUUUGCUGGCCGGGUUUGCUGGAAAGAGUUUUGCCCCUCUCCAUACUAUCCAUACUCUCUCUACAUACUCUCAAUCCCAUAGCCUCUGUUCGUCACAUCGCUCACGGGUGGUAUUGGCUUCAUUCCAAUCCAUUCAACCCGUCCAACCUGUCCAACCCGUCCAACCCAUUCAACAACUCAUUCAACCUUGUCCAAAACAACAAACAACGUAGAGACGCCUACGCCUUGGACUUAAGAAGCAAAGCAAGUCUCUACACCGCUGUUGGUAUUUUGCAUACUUGCAUACAGUACUUCACAUUGCAGCACGCACGAUUGGGUCUCCAACCCUUGCAGCCACACUCGCCCGCCGCCGUCAGAUUCGCCAGCCUUAGACCUCGCCUGGGCCAAUACCCAGCCCCAAAAUUGGGCAAACCCGCUAUCAACCCAGAAGGCUUUUUGGUGCGACGGGACUGCACAGGACACACUCAAAUCUCUCGAUCGAGUCGAUCGCCAACCUACUACGCUGGGGAUAUCUCGCCACCAGUGUGCAGGGGGAAGAAGAAAGAGGUACCACUGUCGCAUCUUCCAUCUCUCUUCUCGCCUUUGGGAGGAAGAGGUGUUGUCAUCUUCGCUAUCCAUUCCUUAUUAUCCAAGGGCUGUUCGUUAUUCGCCAAAGAAGCCAUAAAGGCACAGUAGCCAGGGGUCAAAGCAUUAAGUUACAGGUCAGAUUCCCACGGCGGAUAACACUACACAAUUUAGUAUUUCUUUUUUUAUAUUUGCCCUUUUGUUUUUAUUAUUUGAUUUAGAUACACGCCACAUACUCCUCAUCUUCUCGCCAACGGUACAGCAACGGAAGCUGGCGUCAAGUUUGCUUCUCUCUAGCUCUUGAGAGUUCCCUUCUCGAGGCCCUAUACUCGGCGGGGCGGGGAAACAAAAGGUACUUGGGGGCCUUUGAGUUGCUGGGAUUGAUCCCCUUUCUGGCAAUCCGGUUCACGCAACAAGAUAACCUGGGCUGAAGGGCUGUGCAGCUACAGGCGAAGGCCCAGAUCCCACACUUUCCGGCCAGUCUUCGUUCAGCCAAUUAGCCGCCCAAAACCACCCAAACACCCAAACACGUCGUGACAUUGCGACAAUAAGGGACAUUGCUGAUACUCAGGGCUGUCAAGUCUACUAGACGGUUAGCUGCCAUAACUUCACUCUUAAAAAGUGACCUGGCUGCCCCCCCUUGGCUCAUCGCCGUCACCUUUUCGUCGAGGUCGUCGACCAACCUCAAAAUACGCGAGUGACGCCGCUCCCGAUACAACCUCUUCAGGGUUUCCUGGGCGAAUAUCAAGUCAAACUCGAAGCUACACCACCUUCAUAUCACUCCCUCGCGGCCCGCCAAUCGUCUCACCUGUUUUGUUUCCUUCUCGUCCGCCGUCCAUAAGCAACCCGCAAACCACAACAAUACAACACAUUUUUCCCUCCGUCCAUAGAGGACCGGGCUGCAGCCACUCCAGUCGGCUGGCUUACGGGUUGGCGGCCUACUGGUGACAAUCAUCACUUGUCAAACACCACCCAUACCGCCACCGUUUAUCCAUUACGACCCGGUACGCCUUGAAUCGAAGCCAAACAAUACCAGUUGAAAUUGGCGCCUGAGCUUCUCCAAGGACGAACAGGCAUUGGGUCACGUUGGUUGGCAGGGCUUCAAAUGACCGAAACACUUCAACCGGCUGCACUGGCAUACGAUCAUCUCAUGUCUACGCAAUCUGGUAAUAUACAAGAUCUUAACGCUUAUCCCGGCCUUCAAUCUUUAUCAUUUAUCAUCGGAUCAGACGCUGAGCCUGACAACACGUUCAGACACGAAUUUACACACCAACAACCACCAGCGCCAUCCGGGAUGGGAUUGCGGUAUAUGGGCAUCCCUGCCUCAGAUGAUGCACGAUUUCCUUCCGAAGGUACAUCGCAGCAUAGUCCUGUAUACUCUGGUGAGCCAAACCUUACCUCAUCGACACCCUCGACAGUACCUUUCUAUUCGAACGUCUUCCCACCAGCAUUGACCAACUCUUCAUCUUACUCUAACACUUCUCCCUCGUACCUCCCCUCAAACCUCUCGAAUUAUUGCCUGCCCGACAUCAAGCAAAACUUCAAUUCCUUCUCAAACUCAGAUAUGCUCCCACCGUCUAGAUCUUCCCAUCUCCCGCAACUUUCCUCGUCUAUGUCGGCACGAGAUCCGUACAAUACUAAUUCCCAGCAACUGCGGCGCCACUCUGAGCUGUUAACUCGUUCUCCGCCGCCAGCUGGCACAAUGAGGAAUAUGCAGAUGUCACCUACAUCUAGUAGUGGCUUUACUAGCCCGCAAGGCAUGGAGAGCCCACAACCUGCAAAUAAUCCAAACGGGCCCCCUCCAUUGAACCCAACAGAGCUGUUAUACCAAAAUAUCCAAACUGCAGAUGGGCAACAGGUCCGACCAGAAAUUAUUGGAAAGAUUGACAAAGGAUUCUUUUUGGCAGAGAACGACUGGACUUGCUACAGGCGUAAUUAUUUCCAGAUUAGUUGCUCAUACACGCUGCAUCCAAGCGUGCCAACAGGGACUACUAUGCAUCUUAUGCAAGAAGGCCAAUCGACACAAAUACAAGCAUUUGCAAUGUCGAUAUCUGCAGUCGUUGACGGGGAGCAUGGAAAGCCUAUCGAGUUGGUUCAGCAUACACCGAAGCGCGACAAAGGGCCCCAAAUGAAACCAGAUCGCGUCGUUUUGUUACCUCGCCCUGUCAAUACCACACUAUACAAUGGUAUCAAUGCCGAUGGUACUCUCUCAAGUGGAGGGCGCCCGCUUUUCGACCCAAACUACGCUCAGGUCUCAAACCGCCCCCCUACAGAAUGUACCUUUGAGCGUAUUCAGUUUAAGCAGGCGACAGCCAAUAAUGGCAAAAGACGAGCUCGCCAGCAAUACUACCAUCUAAUCAUUGAGUUGCAUGCAGACCUGGGCUCACAGCACGGUGACCGGAGGUGGGCUAAGAUUGCACGGCGGGUAUCCGCACAGAUGGUUGUUCGUGGUCGGUCGCCAGGCCAUUACCAUGCAGACAGGAGAGGUAGCAAUGGCAGCGCAGGCCCAGGGGGUGCCAAUGAUCAAGGUGGUAGUAUUGGCGGCUAUAGUUCAAAUGGAAGCCUUGGGGGGCGCUCUGGCGAUGUAUCACUUUCUGGAGGGUCUAGUCUGAUGUCAGGUGGCGGCUACGGCAACUUAUAUGAUACCUCCAGAUCACGGCGAUAUCUAUCAAGCGCAGGCAUAGAUGUCUCCAAUGAGCCGAUGAUGGGCGCAGACGAGGAAAAAUCCUUUCACGACCUUGAGGGGUACUAUUAUUACCCACAUUCAGUGCACGAAGGCGGUAUUGGCAGCACUCUGCGCUCUCACGCUUUACCGCCUUACCAACCUCACCGGGAUGAUCGCAGCCAUUUAUCAACCCCAGGCUACCCAGGACGGGUAAAGCAGGAGCACCACACCGGCUUCAGUCUCCCGAGCCUCUCGAAUGGCACACAAGACUCAUUUGGGCGCAACUGCGGGCGUUUCGAUGGCGUGCCAACCUCCAGGGGCUACUAUCCAAGCACCUCGAUAGUGCACUCCGAGAUAAAUACUUCAUGAUAUCUCACAAAUGGCUUGUAGGUCAAAUGACCGAGGUGAGACCCCGGAUGACCUGAAGCUGCCUGGCCCUCAGGCCAAUCUAUUCGAACCUGGCAUCCCUGGCCUGGACUAUGAGGAUAUGUUUGAGUACUAUCAUGUAUUUUGAUCAGCCGCUCGCUUUAGUGCUCUAUGCCACGACAACUUCAAUAACACCGUUCGAUGGCACUUACUUUGCUUCAGCGGCUGAUUUUUGAAAAACAUACUAUUUCUUGCCUAUUUUUACGUCUUAUUGCGUCUCUACAUAUCAUCCAGCAGAUCGAAAUCUCAUUUCCCUCGCAACUAAUCAACUGGGCAUCGGUUGUAGGAAAACAUUGAACAUGGGACAAAUCAAAGGGAAAAACGCGGCAAAUAGCUUGCGCAUACGCAAUGUGGCGAAAGGAGUAGGGGAAAAAUGGAAAAAUGGGUAUGAGGAAACACGGAGUCUACGGUGGGGAACGGGACGGGCUAUACUUGGCCCGGAUGUGCGAGGUUUGUGUUCAGCAAUAUUUCUAAAUAAGCUUUAUUUUUAUUUUUUUGGGGAGGGGGGCAAACAGGUUUUCAUGCAGGAAAGGAAAAUAGCUUCGGAUAAGUCGAGCUUUUUUGCUUUGGUUCGACUGGGAUGCUGCAACAGCAUGGACAAAGCCAGUGUGGCGGCUCGAUAGAAAGAUAAUGGAGGAGGGGCGAAGAAUACCAAAAACGACGGGGACCAAGUGAAGCUAUGAUUGGGCCGUAUCAUGGCGGGUCCCCCAGCUUGAAUGACAGACGGAGUGGAGAUGGGGAAGGAAAAGGGGGACAAAAUGUACACGCGAUUUGCGGGAAUAUGAAGCGAUGUUGACGACGAGAUACUCUUCGAUCAGUCUCCCCCUCACAGUUAGCCGCGUAGUCUUUGUUGCUUUGUUAGUAAUGAAUGGGUGGA